AUGAGAUCAAGUAGCCAAAGUUCUGAAAACUCCAAGAAAACAGACAACAAAGACGAAGAAGAGGAUGAAGAAGAAAGAUCAGCAGAUCAGAGCCCAUCUAAGAAUAGCUAUCUGGAAGAGAAUGGGAGUCACCAUCAUAAUAAUGAUCAAAUCAAGAAAAGUGGUGGAUCUGUGAGGCCGUACAACCGCUCAAAGACUCCAAGGCUGCGAUGGACACCUGAACUCCAUAUUUGCUUUCUUCAAGCUGUGGAGAGAUUGCGUGGACCAGAUAGAGCAACACCCAAGCUUGUUCUUCAAUUAAUGAACGUCAAGGGGCUAAGUAUUGGACAUGUCAAGAGCCACCUUCAGGAGAUCAAAGAUUUUCGUUUGAACACGGAGCUGGUUACACAUACAACCUUCGCCAACUUCCAAUGCUACAAAAAUGUGAUCAAUAAUAGAUACGGCGGCGGUUCGUGGACCGGCCAUAGACAACAUGUCUACCAUAGCCCUUGGAGAGGCCUAACAGCACGAGACAAUACAAGAACAAGACAAACACUGUUUGGCUCACAGCCUGGAGAGAGAUUUCAUGGAGUUAGUAAUAGUAUUCUUGAUGAUAAGAACAGUACAGUUUGGUUUCGAAUCAAUUCUCAUGAAGCGGCUCAUGCGAACAAUGGAGUAGGUGAAGCAGUUCCAAGAAUGCAUAGAAGUUUUCUUGAAGGUAUGAAAACGUUUAACAAAUCAUGGGGACAGAGCCUCGCCUCAAAUCCUAAUUCUUGGACGGCAUCAAAACCACAAUCUCACAUCGCUACUACAUUAAGCUCUAACCAACGGGACAACCCACUAGUGGCAGAAAAAAUGGAGAAUGUGUUGAAGAAGAAAAGAUUGUUACUGUCUGAUGAUUGCAAUAACUCGGACAAAGAUUUGGAUCUAAGCUUGUCCUUUAAGGUACCUCGGUCACACAACAACCUUGGAGACUGCUUGUUAGAAGAAGAAAAAGAACAUGCAGAUAGCAAGGGUUUGUCUCUUUCAUUAUAUUCGUCGAGUUUUGCAAAACUCGGUCAAACCAUUAGAAAAGAAGAUCAAUAUUAUCAUAAAAAGAGAAAGUGUUCGGUCUUGGCAAGUCCCCUUGAUCUCACUUUGUGAAUAUAUAUAUAACAACAUAUGUAUACGUCUAUUCAAAGUGAGAUCUUGAGGUACUUAUUGAUGGAAGAUUGUUAUCUGUGGUUUAUUUUUCGUUGCAUACUUGUGACAAGACCCGUAACUAAGGUAAUAAUAGCUACAUUUCUGCACCGUCUUCCACAUAACUCUGUCAGAUAUUAAUUCUUAUUUAUGUAUUAUUGUUGGUGAUCGAGUUGUGAAAAUAGAUUUGUUUUUAUCCUGAAUAGUAGCCAAGAAAUAGAUCAGUGAGUCUUUUGAACAAAAAAAAAAUUGAUCAGUGAGUCUAUAUGGUUUUGAUAGUUUUCCUUUUUCUUUUGAACUUUUGGUUUUGAUAGUUACAAGACAUUGCACGUUGCUUUGGUUGUGUCUUGUUGUGAGACGUUGCAAAUGUAUGUGUAGUUCCGGUUUUCACUCACACUCACAAAAAAGUAUCCUAAGCUAUAUUUUGUACCCUAACAUGGAGUUCUUGUAAGAAAUUGUAUGCCUUAACGUUAAAUAAGUGAAGCAUAUAUAUAUAUGCAAUCGUAGGUUGCUCAAAAAAAAAAAUAUAUAUAUAUAUAU